GGGAGCGAGUGAAAUUGACAUGGAUUUGCAUUCUUGGUCAUGCGCUUGUAUUUUUUUUUUCUUUCUUUCGUCACUUGCUAUCAAACAUCGCUGGUCUUGUUGAUGUUGCUUUCCCCUUAAUUCUAUGCAUGUUGGUUAAAUGAAUACCUGACGAAAAGGGCCCACGUUCAAGCAGUGAAAUUUGAUAGCUGAGAGGAAAAGUGGCUUUAAUGAAAAGCAACCUUUGGAAUUCCUGCUUGUGAAAAUUCCGAUUCAGCUUUUUUUGUUUGUUAUUGCAGCAAGACAUGAUCAGUAGCACCAGUGUUUAUGGCUUAAAGAUGCAGUGGACCCAGGAGCAUGCACAGUGGGCAGAACAGCACUUUGACAUCACCUCAACCACCCGCUCUCCAGCACACAAAGCAGAGGGAUAUAGAGGCCACUUACAGCGUACCUAUCAAUAUGCCUGGGCCAAUGAUGACAUUUCUGCACUGACUGCUUCAAACCUUUUGAAAAAAUAUGCAGAGAAGUACUCUGGAAUCUUAGAAGGUCCGAAUGAAAGGGUCAUACUGAGUACUUAUUCUGAGGUAGCUCCAGGACUUGUAAAUGGAAGGAAGAAUGAUAAUGACUCCUGGCAGUCGCCUUUAAACUCAGAAGGGGUUUAUUCUAUGAACUGUGUUCCUGACGUUAUUACUGCAAGUAAAACGGGAGUGACAACCACCCUGCCUCCAGCAGAUGUAUCUGCCAGCAUUGGCAGCUCUCCUGGGGUAGCCAGCAACCUGACUGAGCCCAGCUAUUCCAGCAGCACCUGCGGAAGCCACACUGUAGCCAGUCUUCAUUCUGGAUUGCCGCCUCAGGAAUAUGCUGCAGGUUAUAACGGCUCUUACCUACAUUCAAGCUACAGUGGCCAGACAGCACCUACACUUCCAUCACCUUUGCACAGCUCUGGACUUUUGCAGCCACCACCUCCUCCCCCUCCUCCAACCCUGGUGCCAGGCUACAAUACUGGCUCCCCUAACCUCUCCAGCUACAAUUACACUUCUGCUGGCUACCCUCCACAGACCUCUGUUGGCCCUGGUUAUAGCCCUGGAGGGGCCCCUCCACCUUCUGCUUACCUGCCAUCGGGUAUCCCUGCCCCAACUCCCCUUCCUCCUCCCACCGUUCCAGGUUACACCUAUCAGACCCACAGCCUUGGGCCAAUUGCACCGACACCUCUAAACAGCAGUUCAGCCAAUUCUCUGAAAAGAAAAGCUUUUUAUAUGACAGCGCAAGGAGAAAUGGACUCCAGUUAUGGAAACUUCAGCUACAGCCAACAACGCUCAGCUCAAAGCCCUCUGUACAGAAUGCCUGACAACAGCAUUUCAAACACAAGCAGGGGGAAUGGAUUUGACAGAAGUGCUGACACGUCAUCUUUAGCAUUUAAGCCUGCGAAGCAGCUGAUGUCCUCAGAUCAGCAACGGAAAUUUAGCAGCCAGUCUAGUAGGGCCCUAACCCCUCCAUCCUAUAGUUCUGCGAAAAACUCCUUGGGAGGGUCACGGUCGAGUGAGCAGUUUGGAAAAUUUGCAUCAAUGAGUGAGCAUAGCGAUGAGCACAGACAACAUCUUUCCCACCCAAUGCAAGGACCGGGAAUCCGCACAGCUACCUCAUCCACCCGCUCUGCAGACGAGCAACUGAAGAACACCGACCCACACCUCGUUGAACUUGUGACCAAUGAGAUCAUCAACCAGGGACCUCCUGUGGACUGGAAUGACAUUGCUGGACUUGAUCUGCCCAAGGCCAUUGUAAAGGAGGAGGUUUUGUGGCCUAUGCUGGGGCCUGAUGUUUUUAGUGCUUUACCUCGGAGCAUUCUUUUAUUCGGACCUCAGGGAACGGGCAAAACGUUAUUAGGCAGAUGCAUAGCCAGUCAGUUGGGUGCUGCUUUUUUUCGAAUCAGUGGCUCAGCCCUGGUAACAAAAUGGUUAGGAGAAGGUGAGAAGAUUGUUCAUGCCUCUUUUCUUGUAGCACGAUGUCGUCAGCCUUCUGUGAUUUUCAUCAGUGAAAUUGACAUGCUGCUUUCGUCACAAUUGAGUGAGGAAAACCCAGUGAACAGAAUUAAAACUGAGUUCCUCAUGCAGUUAGACCGUGUUUUGACCUCUUCUGAGGACCAAAUUGUGAUCAUCUGCUCCACAAGUAAACCAGAGGAAAUAGAUGAAUCGGUGAGAAGAUAUUUCAUGAAACGACUUCUCAUCCCAUUACCAGACAGCACAGCAAGGCACCAGAUAAUCAUUCAGCUGCUCUCACAGCACAACUAUUGCCUCAACGACAAAGAGGUUGCACUGCUUGUUCAGCGAACAGAGGGCCUCUCUGGACUUGAUGUUGCUCGGUUGUGUCACGAUGCAGUGGUAGGCCCUCUCCAUGCCAUGCAGGGCACUGACCUUUCAGCCAUUAUGCCUAACCAGUUGAGGCCAGUAACUUACCAAGACUUUGAAAAUGUUUUUUGCAAGAUUCAGCCUAGCACAUCACAGAAAGAACUUGACAUGUACAUUGAGUGGAACAAAAUGUUUGGUUGUAGCCAAUGAAGCGAUCAAGCAAAUCUGGCCAAACAAACCUGCCACAGAGGUUUUCCAGCUGGAAAGGGGCUGGAAGGACAAUGGUGACCCUGGCACCUUAAUGUGUCAGAAUAGACUGCAAGGAGAAGCAUUAAACAAGAGCUGUUGAUCUGUAAGCAACAUGUUUGGAAAGCUUAUGUUGAUGCUUGAUUCUGUUGAAGCCAGGCAUCGCUUACAGAGGUGCAAGUGGGUUGACUUCAAGGGGACACAAACCCUGUGUGUGUUUAUAUCAUUCUGCUGUUCUUGAGAUUUAGUUGCUAUCAAGUGCCUGAAGUGGUGCUUUAUUUUUUGUUUGCCUCACAAUCUACAUUGGUGGCAUGUGCUAAUAUAAAGAGCUUUAACUUCAAACAUUAUGGGACUAAAUGAGAGAGGUAAGCUGUUUUAAUAGGGGACAGUAAGUCAGGAUUUUUGUCAUUAUGAGAGCAACAGUAUUCCUCAAUCAUGCCUGUUCUGCAGUAUCAGCUGAGAAAAAUAAAAUAAAUAAAAAUAACGAUAAUGAAAAAAUAGGGUAUUGGUAAUCUGGACCUUAAUUUCCAUAGUUCAUUUAUUUUAAUGUUCUGUCUGCAAAAACUCAGGAAAGUGAUUGUGAUUUGUACAGUACCUCAAAGGAAUGUGUUGAAAGCACUAUGUACUGCUGAGAGUUCUAGGCUAGGCUAAGCUAGGCUUCUGUUUUACUUUCUAUAAAUGUAUGUUUACCUCAACAACUGAAAAAUGACAAGGAGAUGACUAUGAAUGUAUGAAGAUGUAUUCUGAAGUGAUGGGACAGAGUCAGUUAUAUAUUUGUUUUGUUUUUUGCUAGUGUUAACUGACAAAUGUAUCAAUAUAGUGUGUAAAUCAAUUUCCGAAGCCCUUUUUUUCUCUUCAUUAUGUAACAGUACUUAAAGCAAUGUUCUGUGAUUGCCUUUAUCCACAGUACAUGGAGGGUAAAAAAUAAUUUAGGUCAAGUUAUGAGAAGUGAAAAAAAUGACCAAACAAAAUCUAUGAAGGCACAUUAAAACAGAAUGUACUUGUUGAUCAUUUUAAUGUUGGUGGUUACUGUUGUAGCUUCUAGGUCACUUGAUUUAGGGAAGUGAAGAGGGAUGUCUAGAGGUCAAACGUGGGAAUAAAAACAAAGGCAGACACUUUCAGUAGCCAGUUACAAGUACAGUAUCUUCUUGAAGAGGGUACAGAAAUGCUCUUGCUGUUUUUAAACUAUGUGAUUCCAUUCUGCUGCUGUCAUUUGUCAUAAAUAUAAUGAUGCCGAAGGAUGGUAUAUGAUCCCUGCUUUCUUUUCUACCUCAGUUUAUUACAGUUCUCUCUGAAAGCAGAUUAUUUGAGGAUUGCUAAACAUCAAAUACUCUUUGGUAUGCUAACUUGCAGAACUGUUUUCUUUUAAACUGUAUUUUACCAUGGAGUAAGUUUUAGGCCCCUCACACUCUCUUAUACUGUAUUUCACUGACACACAUUCUGUGGAGUCUUCCUUCUGGAAAGGCCGUUAGCUGGCAUGUGUGGCAUUUUCCUCACCUCCCUCAUAGUCUUUUUAUCUUUUAAAAUGUGCAGGUCUUUUCAUGACAGUUGAUUGAUGUUUGGCAAUGUCUCUGAACAGGGGCAUUAUAUGCCACAGCAGUCACAGUCUGCAACUGCAUGAGAAGAAAAGUCUUGCUUUUGAAUGUAUUUUUGUUGUUUUUAUUAUUUUUAAAACAGUAUCAUAACUGUUCCUAAGCACUAGUAUUGUGGUAUGAGAGUGUUCUGAAAAAUAUAAAGAGCAUAAUAUGUGCAUUGAGAAAGAGUUUGUUUUUAUCCCUCCAAGAUAUUUCUUUCCAACUAGUUAAUAGAGGUGUCAUAGUAUUGCUUUAUUGCUAUUUUUUCUUUCCUUUACUUAUGUCAUGUCUCAUUUUUAUUGGUCUCUGUAAGCAAACAUUACUGGAAUUAAACUACCGUAGCAUUUAGCAACAAUUGGCUCGACCAAUUCAAUAUUAUUCGAAGUAGAUGAAUACACGUUUCAACAAAGGUGUAAACAAAAUAAUCAAAAUUGUGACAUCCCUAUUAUCUAAAGUGUAAUCUGUUGUCUGAUAACUUUAUUGUUGCAAUGUGCUGGCCCAUUAGUUGCUGUUUAUUUAGCCAUUAACAUCAUCUGCCAUUAUAUGCUGUGCUUAAUUAAAAAAAAGUGUAAACUACACAGAUAAACAAAGCCACUAAAACUACAGAACAACUUCUUAUGUAACAAAGUGCACCCUAAGCAUAUUUUGUUUUUAGUGCAUACUUUGUGUAUGUGUGUGUGUGUUUUAAUCACAUCACAUUAAGCUUUAUGUGUAUUGUCGUGAUCACCUUCACAUUACUAUAACACAAUCUCCUGCAGCAAGUUAUCUGUUAAUGAACAAUUUCCUGAAUGCCAGCUAAAACCUGGCUUAUCUGAUUUCAAUUUUCAUAUCAAUCAGCCUCUUGGCCAUCUGUACAUUUAUUACAAUGUUGCUGGUCCAGUAUUAAGUGGAAUUGCACAUACACAUCUAAUUGUCUUGUUUUACUGAAUGCAAAAUGAACCCAAGUAGUUUGUGUUCUAAAUUAAAGCUAACACAAAAACUAUUCAUCCACAUUAAAUGCUUUGCUGCCAAAUAUUUGAAAUAUUUAAAACGUUAACUAUACUAAUGGAAAAGCUAACUGAACUCGACUGCUUAAUGGAAUGUGAAGGCAGUUUACAUAAAGGAGAUGUACUUCUUAAACAGACUGUUUACCUAUUUUGGCAGUUCACAGUCCUCUCAAAUGUAAAGUGAUAGGGUUGAAUGUUUCACUCUGCACUGAGGCCAAAUAACCAUGCAGGCAAACAAGGAAUGUAGCCUACGUUAGGUCAAUUGUUAGUUGCUUGGACAAUAUCUCCCACCAGAUUUUUAAAUAUAAAACAGUACAGAGCUAGAUACUGAAAAUGUCAGAUGAGAAAAUAGACCAAGGAGAAGAUCACUUUGUUGUCUCUGAGACAUGGAUAAUACGGACAGCCCAGGGUCAACAUUGCCGCAGAGCUGCGAGAGACUAGAAUUCAGCUUAUAGAAUGUUAAUAUUUAUAGAAAAAAUAUAUAUAGUACACUAAGGUUGUAAGCACAUUCAUUCCUUCUCAUUUUGUUGACACUUCAAAAUCACUUGAAUUUAUUUCCAAACCUAAAAAUAUUUGUGUUUUCAUUUUGUAUAAAAGUAAGGAUUGUUGUUGUUGUUGUUAUUAUUAUAAUUAUUAUUAUUAUUAUUAUUAUUAUUAUGUAUGUUUUAUAAUCAAGCAUUGUUCUUUAUAACCAUUCUACCUCAUUGCUACAUAUUGUACAUGUAGUAUUUAUUUUAUGUCUGUUUUUGAAUGUCAUGCAUUUGUAAAAAAAAAAAAAAAAAAAACUCUAACAGUCUACCUCAGUACUGAACAGUAUUAACAACAGAGAUCAGUGUAGAUAAUGCACACAAUUACUUGGGGUAUUGACUGACAUAAUUAUACUCACUACAUCAGUGCAAUGGUGGACUGUAUAGGUCUUUUCCAAGGUCUUUCUUAAUGCAAAUUCAUAAUGCAUGUUGGCUUCAUCCUUUGAGAAUUGUUGUGUGUGUCUAUUGCGCUAUUCUUCAAGUCAAUUUAAAUGUAUUUGCUUGUAUACUGAGAUACAAAACAUUAAUUAAAGAUGUUUUUGUUUUUUUAAAACCUUCAUUUUGUGCACUCAUUUUGUAUCUACACAUAGUCUAUUCUAUACAAAGCACACAAUAAAUAUCUUUCCUUUAGCUAUCAUUCCCAUUGUGAGUGCAUAUACAAAAUGUAACCCUUUACUCUUUUGAUAAGGCUAGGCAAGAAACACUCAAAUACUACUAGACGGAAUUGUCAGUCUAACAUCAUUGACUAUUUUGAUAUUGUUUUUAAAGAUCAUACUAAUUCUAAACAAAAGUUAACGAGACCUAUUUAUUAAGAAUUAUUUCUAAAAGACCUAUACAGUGCACAUGCAUAUUUCCUUUAUCUUAUAUGGCUGUGUAUUUUGCAAUUACAAAUUCAUUUUUGUUGUACAUUUAUUUUACAUUUGCUGAAACUAAAUGUGUUGUUAUUAAAAAUGUAACAAUCCAUAUCUCUCAGAAAAAAGACAAACGUAAAAUGAUGAAAGCUUAAAUUAUCCAUCACUUGCAUAAUGAAUUAACAUAAUUUGUGGACAGUAUUAAUGGAAAUGAGACAUUUCUGCUUAGCUUUUUUUCUUCAUUAUUUUGAUGGUAUCAUUAUAUGGUUGAUCGUCUGUGCGUAGGAAGCUGCUGUACAAUUAACUUGGAGAUCUGAACAUGUUGCAAUGCAUUUUGUCCUCAAUGCAGUUUCAAUUGUAAUUUGUUGCAUCUCAUUUUCUUGGAUGUAGGCACUGUAAUGUUUAAAAAAAAAAAAAAAAAGAGAGAAA